AUAGGCAGCAAAACGUCUAGUCUGCCGGAAAACUACACGAAGAAGAGCAAUUAAACGGAAGUGAACAGAGAUCAAGUACAAUUUUUACAUUAGCGUUUAUGUUGUUGUUAUUCAGACGUUUAUUAACACACUGCACAGCAUCACAUACUUACCCCAGGUAGUCUUAUAUUCGCGUUGGAGACAGGACAGGUUGAUGUUAUCUAGGUAAAGCUAGGUUCUAACAAUGGCGAACUGUAUGAUUUUUCACACUCAAAUAGCCUCCAUCAUGGAGGUGUUAGCGAAUGCAGCCGUGGCAGAGGUCUGUAAACUCGUAGACGAUGACUAUGCAGUGUUUCGUUUGGAAAUAACUCAAAGACAUAAAGAAAACAGGGCAUUGCAGAGGAAACUACAGCUACUUGAACUGAAGGUAUCACGGGACCGCGCAGACAAGAUGAUGCGAGAGCGCAUUCUCGCCAGUCGUCCCAGAAGUGUCAAGAUCCUCGACCGAUACAGAGGAACCGCAAGAGGUGAAGGACAUCUCACUGGAGGCCACAGGAGCUUUGUGAAGUCAGCGGAACACAAUACAUGGAGAGAUGACCAACCAAUCACUGUUGAUGAGGGGAGUGGAACCUCUAACCAGCACUUUAUCAUGAUAGAGGAUGCAGAGGCUGCAGGUCCUGGGGUCAAGCUGGAGAGGUCUCAAGAAGUGGAGGACCCACAGCACAGCAGAGACAUCCAUACUGGAACGGCUGGAGCUCCCCCUGUAGCCACGGAGGACCCCACCACCGCCCCAGCGCCACCCAUUACCCGACGAAACAUCACGGAGGAGGAGGAGGUGCUGCUGGUGAAGGAGGAGGGGUGUGAGGAGGGUCUGGGGAAACCUGAGGGGACCAUGGUCAUGGAGAACAACCAGACUACACCUUCUCCUGAACCCCCAGUGGAACCAGCUGAGCAGCACAGGACCACACACAGUCUCACUGAGUCAGUAGACAUGGAGGAUGGGAAGCUUGAUAUGCUGCUAGUCAAAGAGGAGACAAUAGAAGACGGACCAGAGAGCAUUGACCUGCUGAGUGGACUAAAGAUGGGGGAGCAAGGUGGUUGGCUGGAGGCCAACAGAGGAGACUGGGUGGCCAUCUUGGAUUCCCAGAGCCAGACGGGUGCAGUCAAUGGCCUGGGGGAUGACAUCACUGAGCAAGCCAGGACCAGAGGCGACGUAGUGGUCAGUGGAUGGGACAGUGUCCUCAACUCUGGGCUGGGGAACAACACUGUUAACCACAACCAGAAACAGACUGUCGAACACAAAACAACAGCUGAACUUAGUCUUCGUGACAACAGACUGGCUGAGACCAGGGUAAGGCGUAGAUUUGGUCUGCGGGGACGGGGAGGUGUCUAUAUGAGAACAAACACAGACUCAGCUAGCGAUGCUCCAUCCUGCUCCUAUAGUUCUGAUUCAGAGAGACUGAUGGCACCUCAGGUUAACCCCCUAACAGGUGCUGCCUUCAGCCUGCCUUCUAUAGGAUCUAUCAACUGGAACAUGGACCCUGCAACAACACAGACACUCUCUGGCCUUCAUCCUCCUCACACUCUCCUAAUGUUAAACCAGACCUCAGACAAUUCCAAUGCCGCAAAACUAAAUGGCUACACAAGCCCAUUGACCAAUGACAGUAGUAGAGACAGAAUCAGUAAAGGUGGCAUCGCCAAAGAGAAGCGCUUCCCAUGUUCGUUCUGUGGGAAAACCUUCAGUUUCCCCAAACAAGUAGAGAUCCACCAGAGGAUUCACACGGGAGAGAAACCAUACGGCUGCCACCUGUGCUGGGCCAGUUUUUCACACUCGUUCAGCCUGAAGAGGCACCAGAGGGUCCAUACAGGGGAGAAGCCAUUCAAUUGCCACCUGUGCCGGGCCAGUUUUUCACACUUGUUCAACCUGAAGAGGCACCAGAGUGUCCACACAGGGGAGAAAUCCUGAAGCUGCCCCAGUGUGAGAAGAGAUUCUCCCACGAGCACCAGCUGAAGAUGCACCUGAAGGUCCACAAGGGAGAGAGGCUGUUCGCCUGUACGCACUGCGGGAAGAGGUUCUCAGAGGAGAGACCUCAGGAUACACCAGCAGAAAACAUGGCCCAUGUAUAGAGUAUGUAGUACUGGUUAGUGUGUUUGUAGUUAAUUCUGUUGCUUUUGGAUGUAGUAGGGAACUGGAUGAGGUGAACUCCACCCAGCACAGCUAGAAGAGGACUGGCCACCCCUCAGAGCCUGGUUCCUCUCUAGCUUUCUUCCUAGGUUCCUACCUUUCUAGGGAGUUUUUCAUAGCCACCGUGCUUUUACAUCAUGCAUUCCUUGCUGUUUGGGGUUUUAGGCUGGGUUUCUGUAUAGCACCUUGUGACAUCUGCUGAUGUAAAAAGGGCUUUUUUAAUACAUUUGAUUGAAAUGUGAUUGAACUGAGGAAAGAAUGAGUAUGAUGAGGCAGAGUAGAUGAUAUGGUGAUGGUUGGUGUGUUGGUGUCUAAAAAUACUUCACUAAUGAAGAAUGACAAACUUAGUCCCUUUAGGUUGACAUUGGUGUUAUAGUGAGAUCUGGAUGGUGCCUUAUAAUGUUAAACCUUUUCCGAAGUAUUGUAAAAUUAAUUUUUAUCAAAGUAAGGGUUCCAGAUUUACAGAAAAGUUACCAUAGUGAGAAAAGUUCAUUUACUUGUAUCGUCUUGUGCAAUAAAAGUACUGUACUUCA